GGUGUCUUCCAGGCUCAGAGGCUGCUGGGCCGAAAGAGGCCCCGCCGGUCCUUCUUUGACUCCUUCGUCCGGACCCUCAUCAUCGUGUGCGCUGCCCUGGCCGUGGUCCUCUCCUCUGUCUCCAUCUGUGAUGGUCACUGGCUCCUGGCCGAGGACCGCCUCUUCGGGCUGUGGCACUUCUGCACCAGCUCCAACCAGACUGGGCUACACUGCUUCAGGGACCUGAGUCGGGCCGGCGUGCCAGGGCUGGCUGUGGGCAUGGUCCUGGCCCGCAGCGUGGGCGCCUUGGCCGUGGUGGCCGCUGUGUUUGGCCUGGAGCUCCUCAUGGUGUCCCAGGUGUGUGAGGACAUCCACUCGCGGCGCAAGUGGGCCCUGGGCUGCAUGCUGCUCCUCGUGGCCUUCGCCCUCUGCUCCGUGGGGCUGCUGAGCUUUGUGGUCCUCCUCAGGAGCCAGGUCACGCUCAUGGGCCUCACCCUGAUGUUCUGGUGCCAGUUCACCGCCUCCUGUCUCCUCUUCUUGAACGCCAUCAGUGGCCUCCACGUCAACAGCAUCACCCAUCCCUGGGGCCCACUGAGCGACUUUUAGGCCCUCCAAGGACAUCUGGUUCUACAAGAAAGUGGUCAAGAUGGGACUUUUCCAACACGUGCCUUCUGGUUGGGGUAGGGGUGGGACAGUGACCUUGAAACUGCUGCCUCUUACCCAGUAACCUUUGGGGGGUCAGCCAGAAGUGGCCUAGGGGCCUGUGCCCAGGGCGAGAGGGCAGGAGGGUGCCCCAGUGCCACCAACCGCACAGACUUUGCCAGCUUACUGGGCUGUAGAUUGUAGAACACGUUUGAAAAUCCUUUUCUUGAAUCCUUUCUCCCAGGACAGGAAUAGAUUUGGAAGCAGCUCUGGUAACUGGUGCCUGGGCUGGCUGUACAGCCAAGUGCUGUUCACACCUGUACUAUAUGGCUCUGUGCUGGGAAACGAACUGAGGGGUCCCUGGGCCUCCCGUGGCUGCUAAGAGUGGAUCUUCUUCCAGCUAAGGGUGUCCAUUCGGUGCCUAGGACUUCUCCCACCAACUCACAGGACCUCUGUGCACUCUUCCCUGCUUUAGUCUUGGUCAUGCCAGGGAGGCAGAGAUCUGGAUUCCCUCAGAAUUUCUCGCACGUGGUAGGUUUUCAAACCGUUUUACUUGAUUUGCCCUCUGCCCUUUGGGGAGCCCCAUAAUCCCUGUAUAACCCAGCUUCCAGCAGCUGGUUGUUUCUGGGAGCUCUGACGGUGGGAAUCCUGCCUGACGUCUUAGAGAAGAAUUUUUGAGCAAGCCUUCCAGAAAAUCCCACCUGACUCUAAUGCACACCCUCCCUGAGGUGAGUGUGCAUGUCCAUCUGUGAUGAGGAUCAGACAGCCUCAGUAUCCUCUCUGAUCCUGCAACACACUCAAAGAGCAGUGUCUGGAGCUGCUGAACCUGGGGUAACAAGUAUUAAACAUCCCAAAGACGCAUGCAGGUGAAGGGGACCAGGAGCCAGUGAAGAUUUAUGUCCUCACCAGCAGAUCAGGGUUUUGGGGUAUUAAAUGGCCCCCUUUCCAGUCCCUUUGUGCCCUCAGCCCAUUUUAUUCCACACUAGCCCCUUCCUGCCCCCCCACCUGAUGAAUUCUGGCUGCCCUGGUUCAUCUGACUGCCACUGAGUAUAUGAGCUUUUGGUCACUGCAGUUCCCCUUCCUCAGCUGGGCUGGGUGCCUGUACCUACCUCUUGUGACUUUUAAAAAACUUUUAUUCCAAAAUGCA